CCACGAUCUCUAGGCAAGAUAGACUACUCUCAUCUGACGAAGUCUGAAUGUUUUGCUUCUUAUCCAAUAUAUUCAAAUAUCUAGACCUACUCCCAAGGUCUAGAUCUAGUAUUAAGUGAUUCAUCAAAAGAGGUUCUACCACUUCCUCGUCAACUAUCUUUUGAUAGUUGAAAUUUUUUAUAACUCCUCUUGUAUAUAACAGACAAAAUGUCAUCCCCUUCCAAUUGGUUUACAUCAGAAAUUCAACAAAUGAUGUAUGGCCUUGGAGAUGCUAAGAAACCGCUUUUAGAGACGGCUGUUCUUGUGGAAGAAAUAGUGCACCAACAAAUGAUGGCCAUGAUUUAUCAAGCCAGUGAAAUCUCAAUAAGUCGAGGAGAAAAACAAAUUUCUAUCGAAGACAUUCUCUUUCUCUUACGGAAAGAUAAAGCGAAAUUAAAACGGAUUUUAAAAUAUUAUGAAGUGCGUGACAUGAAAAAUAUCAUCAAAAACACAAUAUCUGCUGCCGAUGAGAGCAAAGUCGAUCCAAGCGCUAUUCAGUUCCAAGAGAAAGUAUUGUUUGAUAAGAAAAUGUUGAGUAAAAACAGACAAAUAUGUUACGACUUUUUGAGUGCUAUCGAUCAAACAGGAGAGCUGAUUGACCUAUUUACUAAUAAUGAAAUAGAUCAUGUCAAACAUGAGCGAAUGCUGCGAGCUGAACUGCAAGCUCAAGGGAUGGACACACAACAAUACUUAGAGUUCUGUCAGGCUCGACAAAUCAACUUUUCCCGGAAUCAAAAUAAGUCUCCACGUUUCCGUGAGUGGCUGCAGGUGAACCUUAGUCCUGACAUUGUCAUCAGUCCCAAUGUGCUAGAAAUAUUCAGCUAUCUGGCAUACGAGACUGUUGCACAGAUAGUAGACUUGGCUCUUAUUGUGAAACGGGACAUGAGAUCAGAACCUGGGGACUAUCUCGCCAAAACUAGGCCUCCUUUGUGUAUAAAUUAUGGAGAAAUAUAUGCCAACAGCAUUUACAACAAACCAGAUUCUGCUACUGGUGAACUCAACUCUGUCAAUGAUGUGAAUAACUUAGCCCAAAUCAAAUCAGCCGCAAUUGGAAAUCCUCAACUUGCUGCUGCUGCUGCUGCACAGAGUAAGUUGAAUAAAAAGAAAAGAAAGAAGUCAGAUCCACCCACAAGCGUAGAAUUGUCAUGGGACAGUACCAUAUCACCAGCAAACGUGAGAGAAGUGAUGCGGCGAUACUACACAGACAUAACUCCAUUCACGUCGCAGACGAAGAUAAACUCCUUUUGCACCCCCUGGAGCAAAACACUUUGUGGAUAAUAAGUUUCUCAUCCCAGGAUGCCAUGCAAUCUUCUGAGAAACUCUCUUGACGUUUUCAGACUUUCUUUUUUUUAAAGUUGCUCCGAUGUCUCCAUUUAUUUAUUUAAAGUCGCGCUGAUGUCCACUGUACACUGGUGUAGAAAAAAGAUCAGGGUCUAGGCAUAUAAGAUGCUCAAACUAAAUAUUUAUCUUGCCAUGCUCAAUUAUUUAUAUCGUUAAAAAAAAAAAUUAUGUUUUGUAUUUUUAUAUCUUUCAUUUUUUUUACCUCCAUCAAGGAGAUGGGGUUACAGUGAAGUCGCAACCUGACUGUUCAUUGGUAUGCACUCUGGACUGUUGUCUCAGUGGUCCUGAGUCCAAACCCUGCCUGCCACUAUCCCUUCCUUCCCCUUGCAGGAGCUAUUGGCUAGGGUGCAAUAAUCUUCAGUUCUGAAGGAACAUCCAAAAAUAAGUAAAACAAAACAAAUGAGUGUAUUGGAGACACACUGGUGAACUCCAUUGUACUGUAGAACAAACUUAAAUUUUCCUGCCGUCUGUCUAAUGAGAAUAGUAAGGAUACAAUUUUUUUUUUUUUACAAUCAUGGA